AUGUUUAUUCUCUUACUGCCCAGGUCAUCGAGGCCAGGCAACAAACAAGGACAACCAGUAGAGCUUAGUCCAUUGAAUCCUAAAUCAACCACCAGAGCUAAGGAAUUUCCCAUGCAGAAUAUUCGCUUUCUACAAGAACUAGGAGAGGGUGCUUUUGGCAAAGUUUACAAAGGGGAGCUCACUGGACUCCAUCGAGAAAGUUCGGUCACUAAGGUUGCCAUCAAAACCUUAAAGGAAAAUGCU